ACAGUAUCAGUGAGCGUUGACAGGGAACAAGAUGUCUGUCACAUACAGUAUGGGCUCAUUAGGGUUUCACAGCUUGUAGAAGGAACCAGUUAAUAACGUGAAAUGGACAUAUGCUCUGUAGCAUUUAGUUUGACUGUGAUCACCUGUUGCGUCAAGAAUUGAUGAAAUAACAAAAAAAUCCAUAGGUGGAAAUUUACAACAGAUAGUUCUGUAUUAAAGGCAGAAUAUUUAUGUAUAAUCAAAUGGGGUUUGUCUACUCUGAUGUUGAACAUGCGGAUGAAGUUUUUUAUAAGGUUAUGCUGAUAGGAGAUAGUGGAGUAGGAAAAACAUGUCUACUAGUACGGUUCAAAGAUGGUGCUUUUUUAUCAGGAAGUUUUAUUUCCACAGUUGGUAUAGAUUUUAGGAACAAAGUUGUUGAUGUAGAAGGAACAAAAGUUAAAUUACAGAUCUGGGAUACUGCCGGGCAAGAAAGGUUUCGUAGUAUAACCCGAGCAUAUUACCGUGAUGCAAAUGCACUACUGCUGUUAUAUGAUGUUACAAAUAAAGCCAGCUUUGACAAUAUCAGAGCAUGGCUGGGAGAGAUAAAUGAAUAUGCUCAGGAAGAUGUAGUUAUAAUGUUACUAGGAAAUAAAGCCGAUAUGGCAGGGGAACGAAUGAUUCGAACAGAAGAUGGAGAAAAAUUAGCAAAGGAAUAUAAUGUAGCAUUUAUGGAAACUAGUGCCAAGACUGGAAUGAAUGUAGAUCUGGCUUUUAUGGCUGUUGCCAAAGAUCUGAAAAUGAAAAAGACUAGAAAACCUGCCGACCCAAAAUUUAAUGUUGCUGAAUAUGUUUUACAAGAAAGAAAAUCUGGAGGCUGUUGUGGAAGUUAGCCGUUAGAUUUAAAUAAAUUAGAUUGUCAAUGACUGCUAACUAAUGCUCAUGAUACUGUUUUAUUCAUUGGUGCAAAGAGGCAUUAAGAUAGAUUGUUUAAAAUUUUAUUUUUAUAUUGAUUGCAGGGUAUUUUAAAAUGCCUGCUAUUGUCAUUUCAUUUAUACAUUAUGAAGGUUGACAUUUUUUUUAAAAUUUGGAAUAAGAUCUUGUUGCUAAAUAAUUUUUUUAUGAUGAAAAUUAGUUAACUUUUUUAAUAUUUCACUUAAUUAUAGGGGGAAAAUUCACCUUUUUGUUAUAAAUUCUGAAUAGAUAUAGGAAGAUGUGGUGUGAGUGCCAAUGAGAGCAUGUUUAGUACAGUGUCCCCAAGGAAAAUAUUUUUUUCCAGUUAAAUUUGAAAAUAAGAUAAAUGUUAAUCUGAUAUUUAAAAGGAUGCUGCCAAACUGUGCAUUGUGCAAAAAUAGUACAAAUAAGUUUUAUUUGUAAAAUAUGAAAGGUUUGAAAUACAAGCGUGUUAAAAGUGGCGCUUA